UUACUUUUUUUUACCUUGCUCUUUACCUAUAGCCCAGAUCCAAUAUGGAAGACAAGAUUUCAACGGGACAGAGUGUGUUGGUUGUAUGGAGUCAAGGUCAGUCUCCAGAGCAAAUCAAGGAGGUGGUGGAGAGACUGAGCAGUAAGGUCGGACAGAGUGGGCGUGUCCAGGUAGAGAAUGACGAGAGACUUUCUAUGUCCUCACAUCCAGCCUCCUCAUUUGAUGUAGCACUGUUAGGAGCAAUCAAGCCAUCAACACAGACCUACUCCUUUGAAACUCUUGCAGAGAUAGCCAGAAUCCUCAAGCCAAAGGGACAGUUGUUGUUAAGGGAACCUGUAUCAGAGUCAGAGAAUGGAGUUGGAAUAAGGACACCAGCCAAGCUAGGAUCAGCAUUAAAGCUGAGUGGAUUCAUAGAUAUUAAUCAGAAUGUAGUGGAAGAUUCAGAUCCUUCUUCGAUAGCCCAGAGUAGAAAUAUGACUGAAAUCAAUGGGUUAAAGAUGGUUGAAGUGAGCUGCAAUAAACCAGACUUUGAGGUGGGAUCGACAGCUUCCUUACCUCUCUCAUUUGCACCGAAAGCUAAAUCAGAGCCAGCAAAGAAGAGUGGGGAUGUGGCAAAAGUUUGGACUCUCUCAGCAUUUGAUAUGGCAGAUGAUGAUCUGGACAUCAUUGAUUCAGAUGCACUUUUGGAGGAAGAGGACCUAAUGAAGCCAGACCCAGAAUCUUUAAAAGCCACAUGUGGACCAAACUCGGCCAAAAGGAAAGCCUGCAAAAACUGUACUUGUGGUUUUGCUGAGGAGUUGGAGCAAGGCAAACCUGCCAAGGCAAAGUCUGUGACAUCAUCAUGUGGCAGUUGUUAUUUGGGAGAUGCGUUCAGGUGUUCAACAUGUCCUUACCUUGGUAUGCCUGCCUUCAAACCAGGAGAGAAAAUCUCAUUAUCAAGUAGACAGCUCAACGCCGAUGCCUGAUCCACAAUCUCCUUUCUCUACAUAACUCUAUUGGUAUUCAUAUCAUUUGAAGUUUUAUGCAUCAAUAUUGAUAUGAGGUAUUCUCGUCAUUGGGCUUGGAAUUCUGUGAUGUUGUGGCCUGUCUUUGGUUUUGGUAAAUCUCCCCAAAAAGUGCAUGUCAACCGCCCUGUCUUACAAAGAGUUGCGAUUGAUUUGAUCAACCUCAACUAUGGAGAAAGCCAGCAAUGCCCACAUCUAAAAAUGCAUGUUUGUUCAAAUAAUAUUCUAGAUAUGAUGUAUUCAUAAAUUCAUUGAUUUCUUGAAAAUUUUGGUGUGUUCGCCUUUGUUUUAAUGCAAAGGACAUUUUGCAAAUUUCCUGUAGAAAAAAUUAUGACAAUGAUGGAUUUCCAUAGAGUUACAAUUGAUUGGAUUGACCGUAACUCUUUGUAAGACUGGGCCCCAAAACGGUUGUGCUGUGUAUGAUAUAAACUAAUGGAUGUUGCAAGAACCUUCCAAUCAAUUGCAAGACUAUUUUCAUUCCUGAAAUCAAUCAUAAGUGUUGCAAUUAAUUGCAAGACUUAUGAUUGACUGCUAGUCUGCUUGCUUGUUGAAACAAGGAGUGUAAUCUAAUUUGCUAUAAUUAAAAGUGAUCAAUCAAUUGUAAAAUUGCAACAGAAUAUUUGCAAUUGAUUGCAAAUAUUUUCUUGCAACACCCCCUAAGAAUGUCUUUUAUUGGAUAAAUUCAAAGGUUUUACAUCAAAUUUUAAAUCGAUCAGGUUCCCAUGCGAAAUAGAAUAUCUGCAUAUUUUUGUCUUGUUCAUAUAAAACACCUUCUCAAGCGUGGAAUGGCCUGAAAAUUUCAGGACACAAUCUGUAUUAUUAGCUCUCUAACAUCCAAUGACUAGAUAUGUAAAGUAUGUGCUCAAACAGCGAUUUUGAAUUAAAAUUUUAAAAAUUAUCGAGAGAGGGCACUAGAUUAGAGUUUAAAUCCCAACAGACAACAAAAUACCAUAUUUACAUUUCGAUGGGUAAAUAAUGCAUUCAAUGACCACUAUGCCUAUGGGCUAUUCCACGGUUACUCACGUUACAUUUGGAGACACCUUGACUCAUACUUGGAGCUGUAACUCCAUUAUUAUUGAUAGGAACUAAACAUCUCUUUAUCACAACAUAGUACGCAGUCUGACUAUCCUUUGUAUAAAAACAAAACUUUGGAAAUUUCAUUAUGCUCCUGGCAAAUCUUUGAAAUGUGUCGGUUACUCAUGUUACAUGAUUUGGACAUGCAUAAAAUGAAAAGUGGACAUAAGUAAAAAGUGUCCUCAUGCAAGGCUUUUAUGAAAGUUGAUUAUAUCCAUUUCAAAGAAGUAUAUUAGGGAGACAAAUUUGUAUAUAAUUCAAAAAAUAAAGAACACAUGGUUUUUACUAGGGGUGCAGAUAAAGUGGUUACUCACGUUACGGUUCAGAUGGGCUAUAUGUACAAAGACACAUUUAGCUCAUGUCCACCAACCUAUGGAAUUGCCCCUAUGUAGUAUUGUAAUAUUUGAUGAUAUUUUACAUUACUGACCCUUAACCAAAACUGAAGACAGGGCUUAAAUAUCAAUGAUCAUGUUGUACCAGAUUCAACUGUGAUGUAAUAACAUUUGAAAAUAUUGAUAUGCAGAUAGUGCUAGCCUUGGAACCUGUGAUGUUAUAUUACUAGAAAAUCUCAUUGUGUACCGACAGAUGCCUGUGAAGAAAAGCUAUCAAAUAUGAUUACUUUUAUAAUGGCCAUUCUUUAGACCAUGCAGACCAAAAUGUGCAUUUUUAUAGUGCACCGAUAAAACCAGCUAUAUAGAUAAUAAUUAUGAAUAGUAUACCUCAUUGUGUCCGAAGUACUUGUGAUAUUUUCCGACCAUGGCAUGUCCACAUAUUGAAAAGUAAAGUAUAUAUGUUUAAAGUGAUUGGUUAACAUUGGUUUGACUUUUUAAAAAUCUGAGCUAGAAGGUCACACUUGUCACCUGUGUCUGUGAUAUGUUACAAAAAUGAAGCCCAGAAAAAAUUGCGUUCGAAAAUAAUUAUUUAGUGCUUCAAAAAUUGAAAUAUAAAGUGACCGAAAACACUAUCUUAAUUUCAUCCCAUACACUUAUGUGUACUAUUUAGGCGUCUAUAAGACGCCUAUUUACAAAAUCAGGGUUUGCCUUGUAGUUUUAGCUUUUCAUUCUCAAUAAUGGUUGUUUUCAGGGUUUAUUAGUUCUAAUACAUACACUUGUACACAUGUUUCAUCUUGGUUUGAGAAUUUUUUAAAUCGGCUGCUCACAAAGUUAAACAAUACCUUUAAGAUUUGAGCAGGUGAGAUUUAUUUGUAUGUCAUUUUGCACUACUUUGAGAUUAUAAUUGAUUUUAAGUGAAACAUGAGGUUGCCUUUCUUUUCAGCUUCAACAUAGAUUUUGGUCAUUCAUUGAAAACACAUUUUGUUAACUGUUUCAAACAUUCUUUCUUGCAAUAUGUCAUUUGUAAUGCAUGGGUUCUUGAAUUUCCUUUUUUUUUAAAGACAUCAUUUAUUUGUUUGUAUGUACUUAUAAAUGUAUAUAUGAAGAAAAAAAUAAUGAUAAUAUAGCAUUACAUAACACUCUUCGAUUCCCUUACAUUUGAAAAAACAUAAUAAGUGCACUGAGAUAUUGUUUUAUUUAUACUGUACGUAAUUUUGAUCCAAAUCAUGACAAUAAGUUCUUGAAGUUGUUUUGUAUAGCAAUAUGUCAUACAUGAGUUUUAAAAUCCUGUUCAUGUGUAUGUAAUUAUUGAUUGUUAUUGGCUAUUUUCAAUUAAAAUUGGAAGAGAUAUAUCUGCAAGGAUAUUAAACAAGGUCAAAUCAA